AUGGUUCUUUUUGAGAGAGACCCACCCAGUUCUUGGCAAACAAGGCUACCGCCUCGUCGGUACCGCUUCAUCCCCGGCAGGUCCCUUCUCUCCAGACCAAACCGAAUUCCAGAACCGGAAACCGUGCCUCCGCCUCCACUCAGCAGCCUUCUGACCCGCCGAGUCUGCACCACCAUACUCAACUAUGCCCUGCUCUCGCUACUUGAUAUAUCUCUCGUCGCACUCUCGCCGAUCGUUUUUGCAUCACCGGUCGCCGUUGGAGGCCUCGGAAUGCAGCCAGCCACAAUUGGGCUAGUACUGGCGCUUCAGGGAAUUGUGACCGGAGCGGCGACCGCUCUGCUCGUACCGCGUAUGCAACGCUGGUUUGGCAUGCGAAUGACCUAUCGAUGCGGCGUAUGGCUCUACCUGGGACAGAUUUGGCUGUUCCCCGCGAUGCACUAUGCGGUCAAGCUGAACCUGGGAGGUGGGAUGGGCGUAUGGGUACUGAUUGGGUUAUAUACUAUUAUUUCGUGUGCCUCGCCGAUCAGUUUCUUACUGGCGCUUCAGGGAAUUGUGACCGGAGCGGCGACCGCUCUGCGUAUGCAACGCUGGCAUGCGAAUGACCUAUCGAUGCGGCGUAUGGCUCUACCUGGGACAGAUUUGGCUGUUCCCCGCGAUGCACUAUGCGGUCAAGCUGAACCUGGGAGGUGGGAUGGGCGUAUGGGUACUGAUUGGGUUAUAUACUAUUAUUUCGUGUGCCUCGCCGAUCAGUUUCUGCUGUCUGCUCCUCUUUAUUUCAGCCGCGUCGCCGAAUCCGCUAUGCUUGGGUGCAACCAAUGGGCUGGCUCAGACUUCGGCCUCUGUUAUGCGCGCGAUUGGCCCGGCUCUCGCGACCUCACUUUUUGCGCUUUCGGCCAAUUCCGGGUCCUCUUUGGUUUACAUCAGCCUAUCGGCAGUCACUGCGCUCUGUAUUGGCACCAGUAUGCUGAUGCGCGCCGACUGGACUGCGGGCACUCCAUCGUCUCGGUCAUCAUCCUUAGAUCGCGGUGGGCUCAGUCGCCACUCGAGCACCUGGUCCAACUCAUUGAUCCUAACAAUGGAGUCACUCGGCCGGGCAGCCUUCGCUCUUUCGACAGUUCUGAAUCAGAGUCUGAUGUUGUGGAGACUCCAGCCUCCGACUCGGCUGCCGAUGCCCAGAUUAAGCUAGCUGAAAACGACAAUAAUCUACAGCACGGUGCUUAUCCGUCUCCUGAAACUGCUUUGGCAAACCUUGCAUGCACCUCAUGUUCGCUCUCGCGCCGGGUCGUUACUUCGCUCCAGCGAUUCGCACAUAUACGACCGGAAACCGACGCUGCCGAAUUAUCCCAUGAUAUGAUCACAACUUAUCCGGAUGCCAGUGAUGAAGGUCGGGUUAAACCGAUUAGGAGCAUACUAUUGUCUAAUGUCAAGGACAUCGACCCAUACGAUCCUACUCAACCAACUCGAGUUAGGAUGCAUAUGUCUGUAUUGGGAUUGGAUGUUAGUGCCGAUGUGGAGUACGAUACUGAAGAGUCGGCGCAUGAAUGGCGUCGCGAAGUGUCAGCCGCUCUUUAUAUGUAUCGUCACCAUCGCAAGACUCUCAUUGGACAUGGAAAUGAAAAGGUUUCGCCCAGACCCGAAGACGCGCAGACGGAAUCUCGUGGAGUCCGGAUUUGCAUCCCCCUAGCCUUGAUCAAAGAAUACCAACACGAGUGGUGGGCGGCGUGGGCAUUUAUACUUAGUGUCGCGGUCGACCAUCGUUCGUCCUCGGGUGGCAUUCGAGACAUAGUUCCAUCGGGUAGCCUGGAUAGCGCAGUCAAAAGUGUUCUAAGGGCAGUUGCCCCUCUCGAGUCGGACAUGGGGCAAUUGGCACAGUCUGUCAUGCCCAAGUCAACGAAGCGGGAAUCUUUCACAGGUUUAUCCUUGCCAUGCUCGCACACACCAAGCCUUUCGCCCACGACAACUGUUUCGACCGACAGUUCGUCGGUACGAGAACCAAUAGCAUCAGUCUAUGUCCCACCAUCUCCAAGUCCCUGGCUUCAGACUACUCCCUCGGGCCCAGAGCCAGAAGGACUUGCCCAGGUCCUUCAUUUGUCGGUUUUACAAGGAGACGAUAGGUGGAACCAAUUUGAUAACCUCGUCAAAGCCCGGCGCGAGAAUGGCGUGCCUCCGAACGCCCAGGUCGUGCUUGAUUGGGGUGAACUUGUAUUCGAUGAGCAUACAGGAAGCGAGUCUGGUUCUGAUUCUACGAGAGAGAUGAAAGUCGAAGCACCAGCAUUUAAUGAAAUGUCUAGCGCCGAACGCAAGAUCCGCCGACUUUUUGCGAUAGACGAUCAGCAAAAGGUUUGGAUUGCUCGCUGUAGGCUCUGCAAAACGAUUUCGUCGACAACCUAUUUUGUUAUCACGGACCGAUUUGUCUGCUAUUGGGCCAAGUCUUUUGGAACUCACGAUACUCGGUAUCGUUUCCCUGUCUCGUCCGUCCGAGGAGCGUCCACCGCGUACGUUUACGCACCUCUCGUCUACGGUCUGCGCCUUCAAAUUCGUGGACAACACGACCUUACCUUUGAAUUCAACUCGCGCGAACUUCGAGACGAAGCCCUCACCAAAUUGAAAGCCAUCGCAGACACCAAUCUUGCCAGCGAAAACGGCCCCAUAGCCACCACCGGCUCCGAAGUCCCAUCGCCCCGCGCAGAACACCCUUCGCCGAUCACAAUACCCGAGUUCUCGUCUACUCAGGAAUGCGUAUCUAAUGCUCCGGCCUUGUUCUCACCUCUCAGCCGCACGAUGAGGCGCAUAAACUCUGUACACAUACCUCCUGCCCUAGUCUCGCGCUUCCCCAAACCGAUUAAUGUUCCGCCGACUGCGAUAGUCCAUAUCCCUUCCAAGCAUUUUGUAUGUCUGACAAUCGGCUCGCGGGGAGAUGUUCAGCCGUAUAUCGCUUUGGCCCGUGGUCUUAUGGCUGAAGGGCACCGAGUGACCAUUGUAACGCAUGAAGAGUACAAGGAGUGGUGUGAAGGAUGGGGUCUGAGCGUUGAAAACCGGAUGUUUUCUCCUCAAUUCUUCAAGGAGGGUUUGACAAACUUCAGGGACUGGUUAGACGACUUGCUGCUUGACUCUUGGAAGCAAUGUCAGGAUGCAGACGUUCUAAUUCAGAGCCCCUCCGCCAUGGCUGGUGCGCACAUUGCCGAGGCUCUGAGUAAGUUUCGUCCGCUUCCUGAAUAUUAUAGCACUAUGCCCUGGACGAGGACUAACGAUUACCCUCAUGCGUUCAUGACACCUCCAAUGGAAAUUUCGGGGUCAUUCAACUAUUCUACAAUCAAUCGCUGGCGCCGCAAGCACCUUGGCUUACCCAGCACUGACAUGGCUCAUCUCGCGCAAACCAAGAUUCCAUUCAUCUAUAACUUUUCGCCAGCGGUUGUUCCUAAACCCUUAGAUUGGAAAGAUCCCAUUACAAUUAGCGGCUACUGGUUCUUGGAUGACGCAGACCUCAACUGGGAGCCCACGCAGGAGCUCACUGACUUUAUGAAUAAAGCCCGAAAGGAUAACAAACCUCUGGUGUACAUUGGCUUUGGAAGUAUUGUCGUGCCGAAUCCCAAGGCCAUGACAAGGAGUAUCGUCAAAGCAGUGCUCAAGAGUGAUGUCCGUGCGAUCUUGUCCAAGGGCUGGUCAGCCCGAAUGAGCAAAGAGAUUGGACCUGAGGUAGAGCUUCCUCCCGAGGUCUUUUCGGUGGAUAAGAUUCCACAUGAUUGGCUGUUCCCGAAAAUUGAUGCGGCAUUGCACCAUGGAGGUGCUGGAACGACAGGUGCUUCACUUCGUGCCGGAAUACCUACACUGAUUAAGCCUUGGUUCGGGCGUGCCGUAUCGGAUAGGAUAAUGAAAGAGAAGGCCGCGGCGGUCGGAGAGAAGAUUCGUUCGGAAAAUGGCGUAGCCAAUGCUAUUCGCGCAAUCUACACUUAUUUACCCCGCGCCGCUCAAGAUCGUACAACUCUCUGA